CGCCACUUGUCGUCCAUCAGCAGGAAGGCUUCCUGAUUGGUUCAGCCGUUGCCUGGAUACAAUGCAACAAAUGCGGACACACACAGCUGUAAUUCAUAUAUUCGAAUACAAAUGGCGUCGGUGGUUCAGUACGGCCGACGAAGAGGCUCCAGUAAGAGAGUUUCUUCAGCUGAGGAAGCCAGCAGGAUGAUCCAGCCACCAGACCUCCGACAAGUCACUGUCUUAACCAAUGGUGAAUGGCUGAGGAUUCAAGAUGAAUUGAACCGGGUUAAUAAAGACGAGGAGAGUAUGAGAGAGGUAGCAAAGCAGAGAGAGACCCUGCACAUGCAAUCAAAAGAGGUUGUGAAACUGUGGUCUAAUACCAUUGCUGGUCAAAGGCAAAAAAAGCUAGAAGCAAAGAAGAUCCGGGAGGAGAUCGAGGAGGAGAAAAAAAAAUUGACUGAUAAAGAAGAGGCCAAAUAUCAGGAGCAGCAGCGUGAAGAGGCCAUUGAAAAAGCUCAGACUCAGCUGUAUUAUCAAACCAACCCUGUUGAAGGAUUACAUCGUGCACUCUUGCUGACAGAGGUGCUUAAGGAGAGGGAGGCUCAGACUGAACUCAAGCAAAGAAUCAAGAGAACCUCUAAAGAUGUUGAGAAAAUAUUCCUGGACACGGUAAAGACCAGAGAGGAUGAAGCCUUGAGACAGGAGCAGGAGAAAGCCCUUCAGAAGAAGCUUGAGAGACAGGCUGUGGCAGAGGAGCUGAAAAACCAGAUCAAGGAAAAUGAGCUUGUGAGAGAGCGAGAGAAGAGCGACAACAAGAAGGACGGAGAGGAAACACAACGCCUUAAAGAGCUCUACCAGUGGGAGCAAAGAAUGGAGGAAGAAAGACAAGCAAAGCUGAAGAGAAACAUUAUGCACGCUCACCUGGAACAUGUCACCAAUAGAGACCUCAUAAGAGCGACAGAUGCACAAAAAAAGGAGGCGGAAGAGGCGCAAAGGAAACUUUUUCUCUCUGCAAAACAAAAAAUGAUGAAGUUACGGAAAGACGUAGAACAGGAAUUGUUCAGAGAAGCCCAGAUGCGCAGAGAGAGGAUCAUGAACAAGCUGGCUGUCGCACAGCAGGAGCAAGUUGACAGUGAGGAGCAGAGGAUCGAAAAGGCUGUCGCUGAGCAAGAUGCAAAACAUGCGCAACAUCAGAGGGAGGAGGAGGAGAAGAAGGCUGCGAUGUUGGAGGCGAUCGCUGAACAAAGACAAUUCAUGAGACAAGAAAAGGAGCAGAGGAACAAAACAGCCAAACAGAACAACCAAGACGCACUUCAGGCCAAGAAAGAGGCUGACAAAAUAUUUUCUGAGAAACUACAACUGAAGACUCAGAGGAUGAGAGAAGAUGGAAGAAAAAUACAAGACUUCAAUGCCACACAAAUAGCUAAAAAAAGUGCCAGGCAUCAGCAGCUGAGAAGAGAGGAACGUGAGUUUGAUGAGAAGAACGCAGAGCUCAUAGCCGAAGAGGAAAACGUGUUUCAACUGUAUUCACAGCAAAUCAUCAACGCAGCGGCGGAGGCUCAGCGGAAUGUGUUUCCACUCUGUAAAGCCGCAGGGGAAGGGAUCAGAGGACGUCUUAGUCCUGUUUCUAACUACCUCGUUCAGGACCUCACUGGUGCUCAGAUGCCCAAAUAUGUCUCUGGUGCCACCCAGAGCAUUAAACAGCUCAAUGAGGCCGGAGAUAUUCAAGAAGCAAAGAAGAGACUUGGGUUUACAUGGUGUUAGGUCACUCCCAGCUGGCAAAUCUGGUUUCAAGAGUGUUGAGCAUACAGAAUGUUUUAAUAACAUCCUAAAGAUGUUUGGACCGAGGCUCUGUCUGAAAUCCCUCACUCCACUAGUAAAUGCUCAAGUGUGCUGUAGCCUAUAAUCAAUAGUAAAUUGGGAUUUUGUACACUUACGAAUAGUCUUUAUAUUGAGUAAUUAGUAAUUAGUUCCAGGGGUUUUGCCGCAUAAUUUUUCAUAUUUGGAAAUAACGCAUUGCAUUGUGGGAUUAAAAUAGUGUCUAUGUGGGUGUUAACGGCAAUGUCCAUGAACCGAUACAUAUAAGGUUCACGUGCAGGCAUCUCUCUCCCUCAUUUCCUGUCCUAUCACUAAUAAAAGGCAUGCAAUAUUCCCAAAUAUACUUCAGUCAUGUCG